AAGUUGCAAGAGCCGCAUGAUUUGCACGUUACUGCGGACGCCAACGAGGUUUAUGUGGCGGAGACGAAACCGCAUCGUCUGUCGAAAUUCGUGAGAGGAAACUUGGGUAAGCUGCAAAAAUCUGUGAAGGGUACGAGUGCUUCUUCGUCAUCGUCGGAAGCGGAAGAGAAGCCGCAAGUCGAGGAGUUGAAGCCGCGAACUUUGAAAGAUUCCUCGUCGCAGUCCGUUGCGAAUUUAACUGCGACACGAUCGAAGUUCAGCGAUGGAAAGCGGUUCAGUUGGGGAGUGGAAAUCAUGAUGGUUGCUGCUGUUCCGAUUUUAGUCCUCGGGCUCAUCCUGGUUUUGCUGAGACUGCGGAAUCGC